ACUUCUUUUUCUUUCUUUCUUGCUUUGCUUUUAAUUAUUUUUUAUGCCAGAGAGAGUUCUUGAUUGAGAGAUAGAUGGGUUACUAAAGGAUAGAUAAUGAUAUGAGAGGAUUACGCGAUAUGCAGGACAGAGAUGAGAAUCAUAUUGAAAUGCAAUGGCAGGCUGCUUGCGCUGAGAAAGGGGACCCGGAUACGGAUGCAAAUGCUGCGAAUUUUGGAGUGCGAGAAAGGGAGGAUGGGGUUGGGGAUAUAGAUCAAGUGGGCAAUCUGCUAGAGAGAUGCGAUGAGGUGGCGGGGAAAGUAAAUGGGUUUCUGGAAGAACAGUUGGGAGAGGACGAGGAGGUAUUGAGGGGGGUGCAGGAACAGACGAGGAUUGCGCUGGGAGUUAUUAGGGAGUGUUUGGAGAGAUAUAGUCUAGAAGAAAUAUCAUUUUCCUACAACGGCGGAAAAGAUUGUCUCGUUCUACUGAUUCUCCUCCUCGCCGCGCUCUCCAAUCACCAAUCCUCUUUUUCAUCCUCAUCCUCAUCCUCAUCCUCGAAACCCAAACCGAAACCCCUCCCCCUCGCUCUCCCUUCCGUUUACAUCCUCUCCCCGCAUCCCUUCCCCGAAGUCGACACCUUUGUCGCCUCGUCUUCCGCACACUACCAUCUACAACUCUCGCGCUAUGCGUCGCCGAUGAAAGAAGCAUUCACGCAAUACUUACACGAUCACCCGGUUGUGAAGGCGAUUUUGGUGGGCACCAGAAGGACAGAUCCGCAUGGUGCGGAUUUGACGCAUUUUGAUUUGACGGAUGGGGGAUGGCCGCGGUUUAUGAGGGUGCAUCCGGUGAUUGAUUGGCAUUAUCGGGAGAUAUGGGGGUUCAUCCGCCACCUCAAGAUCCCCUACUGUCCGCUCUACGAUCAAGGCUACACCUCAUUAGGAGGCACAACCGAUACGCAUCCGAAUCCCGUACUAGUUGCCGAGGAUAGCAAGGGCGAAGGAGAAGGAGAAAUAAAAUUUCGACCCGCGUAUGAAUUGGUGGAGGAUGAGGAGGAGAGAUUGGGGAGAGAUUAUUAGGGGAGGAGGAUGUGAAAAGCCAGAAGCGAAAAGCGAAAAAGGCAUAGGAAGAAGAGUCAUUGGGGGGUAGAGGGAAUACUUAAAUACUACAUAGAGAGGAAAUAUAUGGGAUGCGGGAAAGAGAGAGAGAGAAAGAAAGAAAGAAGAGGAAUGAUGAUGCAUAUGCAUGAUACCACUAAAGACGAGAAACGUCUUCACUUCAUGAAGAAGAUUCAAGAGAAUACAGAAUACAGAUAUAUUGAACAGGAUGGCAUAAUGUACAGUAUAGUAUAGAGCAAUGAAUCUUUACAUAUUUUAUG